CGACGCAAAUCGGUUUCGAGGAUCUGAACGAGUGCCCGCACCUCUGCACGCUGUCCUACGAUUACCUGAAGAAGACCGAGGGCUACGAGCAGAACCUGCUGGCCUUCUUCCACAACAGGAUGAACCCGGACGCCCUGCUCGUGCAGCUCAUCGAGGAGCUCGACAAAUGCAUCCUCGGCUACUUCUCCUUCCACUGGAAAUUCGCAACCCACAUAAUAACGCAGGUUCUCACCCACGAGCACCCUCGAAGAAAACUCAGAAGAAUGGUAAUGGAGGCUACUAGGAAGAUGAGGUUCGAGAGGGUGACGCGGGAGCUGAAGGUGACCCGGCUGUUCACCACGCUGGUGGAGGAGCUCAGGGCCAUCGGGAUAAUCUGCCACCACCACGACAAGCAGCCGGGCACGGACGUCAUGGUCCCCGCCGCGCACAGCGACCGCAGCCCCGUCCUGCUCUUCAUGGGCGGCGGCAUGGGCGCCGGCAAGAGCACCGUGCUCAAGCAGAUCAUGAAGGAGGUGUUCUGGACUGACGCCAGGGCGAACGCCGUGGUCGUGGAGGCCGACGCGUUCAAGGAGUCGGACGUGAUCUACCAGGCCAUCAGCUCGCGAGGCCACCACAACGACAUGCUGCAGACCGCCGAGCUGGUGCACCAGUCGUCGACGGACGCGGCGGCGUCGCUGCUGGUGACGGCCCUGAACGAGGGGCGAGACGUGAUCAUGGACGGCACCAUGUCGUGGGAGCCGUUCGUGCUGCAGACCAUCGCCAUGGCGCGGUCCGUGCACCGGCAGCGCUACCGCAUGGGCGUCGGCUACAAGGUCGCCGCCGACGGGACGACCACCGAGAAGUACUGGGAGCCCGUCGUCGACGAGGAGGACGAGGGGCAUCACGGGGUGCCCAGGGCGAGGAAGCCGUACCGCAUCGAGAUGGUCGGCAUCAUCUGCGACGCCUACCUCGCCGUCGUCAGGGGCAUCCGGCGGGCCAUCAUCUCCGGGAGGGCCGUGCGGGUGAACUCGCAGCUCAAGUCCCACAAGCGCUUCGCCGGCGCGUUCCGCAAGUACUGCGACCUCGUCGACAACGCCAGGCUCUACAGCACCAACACCAUCGCCGGCGCAAAGCUGAUCGGGUGGAAGGACAAGGACAGCCGGCUGCUGGUGGACGUGGAGGAGAUCGGGCUGCUGGACCGGGUGAGCCGGAUCAACGAGGAUGCCAACUGCGUGCACGAGCUGUACCCGGACGGGCACCCGACGGGCGGCGCGGGGUCGGUGUGGGAGGACCUGGUGGCGUCGCCGGUGAGGGCGUCCAUACAGCGGGAGCUCAAGGGGGCCAUCUACGACAGCGAGGCCUGCUUCCCGUCCCCGUAG